UUGGUCAGCGUCCCACGUGGUUGAGGGGUUGGACGGCCGCUGGUGGUCCGGAGGCUGGAACUGGGUAGAGUGGCUACGAUGAGAGAAGGCCGGACCCCCCGCUUCAGCGACGGCGCCGUGGAGGUGCUGCUGGAGCGGGUGAGGGCCCACAGGGAGAUCCUGUUUCCCUGGGAGGGCAGGAGUGUGCCCCGGGAGUUGGUGCACCAGGCCUGGAUGGACGUCGCUGUGUGUGUGAACGCCAGGAGCGAGGUGCCCAAGACCUGGCUGCAGUGCAGGAAGAAGUUCAACGGCCUGACCUGGACGGCCAAGGAGAAGCUGGCACGUCGAGCGAGAAAGAGGACCAGUACUGGGGAGCGGCCACCCUCCAUUCUAGAUCUCACCCACAUGGAGCAGGAAGCUCUGGACAUCAUUGGGCCCAACAGCCGGAGGAGCAUCGAGAAUGGCGAGGCUGGAGGCCAAGUUUCACAGGGUCUCUCGCAUUACUUGGGCUUUGCUGGGCAUGAAAUCGAGGAGCAGCACCUGAUGGAAGAGGCUCCGUCCUUCCAGUACCACAGCACAGAAAUUGGCGUGUCUGACGGGAGAGAGGGCGAUCUCCAUGAGUCCUCACGAGGUGAAUUAUUCAGCAGUAGUGAGCAGGAGCUGAACGUAUUGGAAAGGACAGUGCAGGAGACAGGCGGCCACAGGGCCAACCCAAUUCCCAGCUAUGCUGAAGAGGACAAAGAUGCUGAUUUCAGUGGCCCAGCCUUUAAAAGAAAGAUCUUCCAUGAGCACCACCAAUUGCUCGAGGCUUUAGACAGCUUGCCCAGGAGCUGCCUCACCCUGUCCGAGAGUAUGGAGGAGUCUGCUUCUAUACUGUGUGGUGUUGUGGCACAAGGGAUCACGAGCCUGCAGUCCACCAUGGAACACAUGGUUAGCUCGGUGGAAGCGGCAGUGAGGCCUCCCGUCCCGGAGCCCGUGGCGCCAGCCUUGGCCUCGUUGAUCGAGGCUCAGACCAGUGCCAUCCAGGCCCUGGCCUGCACCAUCUCCUCAGGCUUGGAAAGGUUAGGGGCGCGCAUCGACCAGGGCUUCAGUCGCCUCAGCGGCCUCCUGGAGUCUGCCUUGCCGUCGGCCAGCGGGGGCACCGAUGAGGCCCGGGACGAGGGCGGUGUGACUUGUACGGCACGAUGCCACACUGCUCAGGAUGUCGGCGCAUCCACACCCUCACUGCUUCCCCGACCACCCACUGCCCCGGCGGCAGCGGCGGUAGCUCCACCCGAAGUCAGGUCCCCUCGCGCAAGAGCUCUUCGAGAUCGCCGACCAUAAGCAUCUCGCGGGACGGGAUUAACACAUUGAAGCUGGAGUGGGAGGCCUUGUAGGAGCACAAGUGUAGGAAAGAGAACAUUGUGGAUAGAUGGGGUGGGCUUGGGAGUGGUAAAGUCUGCGUUAUUGUGUUAUUUCAUAUGAUUUGUAUAAAAACAAUAAAAUGUGACCCGUUUUGCAA